AUGUCGGGAGAGAACAAGUAUUCCCCAGGGAUUGCGGUGAUAAAACCAAAGAAGAGCGUUGUGAUCAUCCUUGCUACCCUCCUUGCUGUGGUCACUGCUUUGGCGCUCAUCUUUUUUGCCACAACCCUCUACUUCCUUUUAACUAAUAGAAGCGUCCAAAGCAUCAGUGAUGGGGGGUUCAGCUAUGACCUUUCGGCUCAUGCUCUCAAAUCAUGCGGUUAUCAUGACUACUACCAUCUUCGCACUGUGCUAUUUGACCUUUACCCAUAUAUGACAAAUUACUACGAGGGACCGUUUUCCAUAAAUGUUUCAGGAGCAGGUGUAGGAGCAGGCAAAGCUUCGACCCAAACAGGCGUGUCAAAGGCCAACGCGUCGAGUUGGAACGCGCGAGUGAAGGAUGUGCGAUUGCCACACACGGUGAUUCCCCUUCACUACGAUCUCCGACUUCAGGCCAACAUCUACGGCUCCAACGCGAGCCUCUUCAACUUCAACGGGUCAGUGCGCGUGCGCCUGCAGUGCCUCGAAGCCACAGACUUCUUUUUCGUCCACGCCCAUAGCGAAAUGACUGUCAAGCAGAAGGCCAUUUGGCUGCGCCAGGAGGACUCUGUUGUAAACUUACUGGCCAAUGUUUCCUACGACCGAGCAAGACAAUGGUAUAGGCUGAACACCUCGAAGAAGUUGGAACCUGGGAAAACUUACUUAUUGGUUUUUGGAAAUUUUGGGGCGCCACUCACCAUCAAUCUUCGUGGGUGGUAUCUCAGCAGCUAUGUUGAGAACAACGUCACCAAAUACUUGGCAACGAGCCAGCUGCAACCAACAGACGCCAGACGUGUUUUCCCAUGCUGGGACGAACCGGCUUUCAAGUCCAUAUUUAAAAUAAGGUUGGUACGAAGGGAGAACUUUCAUUCAAUGUCAAAUAUGCCACUGGUAGAGUCUCGACCCAUCGGAAAUGGUUGGGUGGAGGACAGCUUCAAGCCCACUUUAAACACUUCCACGUAUCUAUUGGCCUUUGUCGUUUCUCAAUUUGACAGCCUGCCAGGACUUGAUGCUAAGAACAGAAAUUUUACUAUUUGGGCACGACCGGAUCUUAUAACUGCGGCUGAUUAUGCCCUUGACAUCGGCAAGAAAAUCAUUGGAUUCUUUGAAGAUUAUUUUGAACUCGACUAUCCUCUUGAAAAAACUGAUAUGCUGGCAGUUCCCCACUUUGCGGCUGGAGCGAUGGAGAACUGGGGUCUGAUCAUCUAUCGCGAGGCGACACUCAUUUGGGAUCCCUCCAGUGGGACGGAAUUCGCUCGUCAGAAAGUCGCUACUGUCAUCUCCCAUGAAAUUGCUCAUCAGUGGUUUGGUAAUUUGGUGACCCUGGACUGGUGGGAUGACCUCUGGUUGAAUGAGGGUUUUGCGACCUUUGUGGAGUACAUUGGCGUUGCCCACGCUGAACCAACUUGGCACAUGGAUGAACAAUUCGCUGUACAUCAGCUUCAGAAGGUGUUCUUCGUCGACUCCCUAUCCACUACGCAUCCCGUCUUCCUGCCAGUCUCUCAUCCGGACGAAAUCAACGACAUUUUUGAUGCCAUCUCCUAUAAUAAGGGUGCAUCUAUUCUUCGAAUGAUGGAGGCGUUCCUUGGCCGCGAAGUUUUUCGGCAGGGUCUUAAGAUCUACCUGUCAAGACACAAAUUCAAAAAUACCAAGCCCAUUGACCUGUGGAAUGCUCUCACCGAGGCCAACUCAAAGUCAGGUAACUUCAUCGACGUGGAAGCGAUUAUGAAUGUGUGGUUCAGGCAGGCUGGAUACCCUCUCGUCUCAGUGAAGCGACUCGGUGACAGUCGGUUUGAACUGACCCAGGAGCGCUUCUUACUGGGGCUGCGUUCAGGGAAUGCUUCCAUGGAUACAAACCUCACUAGCAGGUCAGUUAUUGUUACUUCCUUCGCCCUGUCGACAGUGAUAUUUAACCUUUCUUCUGUCAACGUCAGCGAAAUUAGCCUGGCCUUCAUGAAAGCGCUCUUGUUAAAGGUGCUCACGUCGUUUAUUCCAUGUUGUAGCAAACUCUGGAGCAUUCCAAUCACCUAUGCAACCGAAUUUGAAAACAUAACUGAAGCCGAAAGUCGAAUUGUUUGGAUGAAUAACAAACAUCUAACCAUUGAAAUGGACGUUUCUGAGAGUCAGUGGUACGCUCUGAAUCUUCGUCAAAUGGGAUUUUAUCGGGUGAACUAUGACAUGGCGAACUGGCAUUCCUUGACUAGGGCUCUCUGCACCAACCACAUGGAGCUGCCGCGAUUAAUGCGUGCCCAACUGAUUGACGAUAGUUUCCACAUAGCAAACCAGGGCACUCUGUCAUUUGAAGUGUUCUUGAACUUGACCCGGUAUCUGCGCAAGGAGCGCGAGUAUGUGCCCCUAAACGCUGCACAUCGGGCCUUCAACUACCUCUACGACAUGCUCGUCAUGCAUGACAGCCAUUCGCUGCUGAAGCGUUACGUGCGUUUACUUAUCUCCGACGCCUACAAGGAUGUCAAUUGGAGUGCUGAAAGAUCGAAUGAAAAUCACCUCAUUAACAUGGCUCGGCAAAUCAUCGUGUCUAUGUCUUGUGGGGCUGACCACAGUGACUGUGUGAAGAGGUCGAAGAAGCUCUUCAACGAAUUCAUGCAAGAUCCGUCGAACCGCAAAAUACCAACGAGUCUAACUCCAACGGUGUACUGCACAGCCAUUCGCGAAGGUGGUGUGAAAGAGUGGGACUUCUUAAAGCAGUUGAGUAUGAAGGUUCUACAUGAAGAUGAGAAGUACCGCAUUCUGGAAGCUCUGGGCUGCACGCGUGACUUCGUUCGGCUGAGAACGUACAUUCGAGAACUGAUUGACGACGCCAUCUCGAAGAGCGAUGACUUAGAACUUCCAGCGUCUCUCAGUGGGAAUCCGAUUGGCCUUUAUGUGAUUUAUGACACCAUCAAACGGGAGUGGCCAAACAGAAAUCAGAGCGCAUCUGCUCCAUUCAAACUGAUCUUAAAGGCAGUGGAGAAACGGGGGAUUAUCAUCGAAACGUUGCCAAUCCAAGACGAGGCAAUGAUCCACCCCACGAUCUGUUUUCUGCAGUUAAUGCGAAUGAACGCAACCCUGUAUGCGGAAGCCGAUCCACAGACGGGCCGUUGGAUCCACCGGAUCCUCACGCAGUCGAAGCGCGACCACUAUUGGUUGGCACGAUAUGCUAGCACCAUCCACUCCUGGCUUAAACUCGAAGUGGAGUCUCUCCAAUCAUCUGGCGGUGGAAACAUUUUGACAACCGCCAUCUCAUUCCCCGCGGCCACUCAAACUACCUAA